AUGAUUCAUCUUUCUUCUGUUGCAUUUCUUAUUUUGUUGGGAUUGUGCAGAGGACAUUUGCUGAAAGAAAACACUAUUCUUAACCAAGAAGAAUCGCAAAAAAUCGAAGAGGAGUUACUCACCGAAUACGCAUUCAGUCUCGAACAAAUUUUAGAGCUUGAAGGCUACAGCUGUGCCGUUGCCAUUGCACAGGUUUAUCCUUUGGAUAAAAUGAGUAAAGACAAUGGUGCCAUCCUUGUUUGCUGCGGUCCAGGUAACAAUGGGGCACAUGGACUUGUGUGUGCCCGUCAUCUCAAGCAUUUUGGAUACAAACCCUCCAUAUUCUACCCCAAAACAUCAAACAAACAAAUCUUUGAAAACCUGAGAUUACAGUGCGAACGCAUGGAUAUGCCGUUUCUGUCGUUCUUUCCAAGUGAAGCCCAUCUCAUUGAUUCUGCUUACAAUCUGGUCAUUGAUGCAAUCUAUGGCAUCCAACAUGCAGGACCCGUGAAAGGAGAUUUUGGCGUCCUUUUGGAGACCCUAAAAAAGGUUGAAAAUCCAAUUUGCAGCAUCGACAUUCCAUCUGGUUGGGACAAUGAAAAUGAUAAUCCGGAUGCAUUACAACCGGCAAUGCUGAUUUCCCUGAAGGCUCCAAAGCUCUGCGCUCGUCAUUUCCAUGGAACUCAUCAUUAUCUGGGAGGACGCUACAUACCUCGUACUUUGGAACUGCGCAACAAUCGUCAAGCACAACUAAUACGAUUUCAGCCAAUUCAUAGAAACGCCCAGAAGUUCUGUUUUCAUUUUUGGUUUUUCCGCUGGACCCACCGUGAGCUUCCUGCUUUUUCCAUGGAACAAUCUUUAUGUAGAGUCUCUCUCUUUCUCUCACACAUCCAAACAAAAUGUCUGCAGUGA